AUGGCUUUUGGCAAGUCAUAUACCUCAACUGUUGCACUAGAGGGCAAGAUAUUUGUUCUCGGUGGUGGUGAUGGUGUUUGCUGGUUUGAUACAGUUGCCUGUUAUGACCGAAGCCGUGGUGAUUGGUCCACAUGCCCAUCGUUGACUCGUGACAAGUGGAGCCUUGCUGGGGUUAGUGUCAAUGGGAGAAUCUAUGCAUUUGGUGGUGGAGAUGGAACUAAGUGUUUCUCUGAUGUUGAGAUGUUUGAUCCUACUCAUGGCAAGUGGAUAAAAAAUCAGCCUAUGCUGGAAAAGCGCUUAGCUCUAGCUGGUGUAGCACUAAAUGGUGUGAUUUAUGCUGUUGGUGGCUUCAAUGGUGUUGAAUAUCUGAGCACUGCUGAAAGACUUGAUCCUCGGGAGCCUAACUGGAAAAUGCUACCAAGGAUGAGUGCAGGAAGGGGCUGUCAUACACUUACAGUGCUUGAUGAGAAGAUAUUCUCGAUUGGUGGAUACGACACUGGCCUAAAGCAAUGGUGGCUACUGUUGAGAGGAUAUCAUUCUUCAGCUAUGCUCGGUGGCUCAAUAUUCACCUUUGGUGGGGUGAAAGGUGAAGCAGAUACAAUCUUGGAUGUGAUAGAACGCUACAAGGAAGGGUGUGGUUGGGUGACUACGGGGUUGAAGUCGAUUGGCAAGACAUGCUACUGCUUAGCGGUUGUUCUCUGA